ACAGCAGAGCAGCAGUGACACACAACCUGAUAUACAGACAUGUCUGACCAAGAGCUUCUACUGGAGCCAGAGGAGCUAGAACAACAAGAAGAACCAGAAGAACCAGAUAAACCAGAGUACAGGGUUGUGCUUCUUGGAAAAACUGCUGUUGGAAAGAACAACAUUGGAAAUGCUAUUUUGGGAAAUGUGAAUGCUUUUGAGUCAACAACAUUGUCAGAGUCUCAGAAGGAAACACAAGAGUUUGGGGAUCAAAUCCUGACUGUAGUUGUUACUCCAGAUCUGUUUGAGAACAGACUGACUGAUGUGGAUGUGAGGAGGGAAAUCCAUAGAUGCAUCUGCUUUGCUGCUCCUGGUCCUCAUGUGUUCCUGGUUGUGUUUCAGGCUGGCAGCUUCACAGAAGAAGAUCAUGAAAUAGUGAGAAAAAUUCAGCAGAUGUUUGGAGUAGAGGCAGCAGGUUAUAGUAUGGUCUUGUUUGCCUGUGGAGAUGAUCUAGAGGCAGAUAGUGUUACCAUAGAUGAAUUUAUUAGCAAUAAUCCAGCUCUAGGUAACUUCAUCCAUCAGUGUGGAGGAGGAUAUCAUGUGUUUAACAACAGAAGCAGAGAUCCUGCUCAGGUCAGAGAGUUACUGACAAAGAUCAACAACAUGGUUCAGAGAAACAGAGGAAGCUGCUACACCAGUGAAAUAUUCAGACAGGCUCACUUCAGGAUUGUUCUUAUUGGGAAAACUGGUGUUGGAAAAAGUGCAGCCGGAAACACAAUCCUAGGACAAAAAGUAUUUAGAUCUACACCAUGUCGUGCAACAGCAAAGUGUCAGAUGAACACAGGUCAGUUUGAUGGUCAGAUCCUGGCUGUAGUUGAUUCCCCAGGUCUGUUUGACACCCAUACAACUGAAGAAGAGAUAAAGGCAGAGAUCAGUAGAUCUAUUACCUUUGCUGCUCCUGGUCCUCAUGUGUUUCUGGUUGUGAUCCAGGCAAACAGAUUUACAGAAGAAGAACAAAAGACAGUCAGAAUGAUUCAGAAUGUGUUUGGAGAAGAAGCAGCACAUCACACUAUGGUCCUAUUCACCUGUGGAGACAAUCUGGAGGCUGAUGAAGUCACCAUAGAAGAAGUAAUAAGUGCAAAUCCAACUCUCAGUGACUUCGUCUGUCAGUGUGAAGGAGGGUAUCAUGUUUUUAACAACAGAAGCAGAGAUCCUGCUCAGGUCAAAGAGCUGCUGGAGAAGAUCAAGACCAUGGUUCAGAAACAUGGAGGAAGAUACUACACCAAUGAGAUGUUCAAAGAGGCUGAAAGAGCAUUUAAAAACUUGGAACCAGACCUCAGAAUUGUUCUUGUGGGGAAAACCAGAGCUGGGAAGAGUGCAACAGGAAACACCAUCUUAGAGGGAAAUGUAUUUAGAUCAACAUCAUCUUCUUCCUCAGUGACAUUAGAGUGUCAGAAGGAAACAGCUGUGUUUGAUUUUCAAAAACUGGCUGUAGUUGAUACUCCAGGUCUGUUUGACACAGAACUAACUGCACAGAAGGUGAAGAAAGAGAUUGCUAGAUUCAUCUCCUUUGCUGCUCCUGGUCCUCACGUGUUCCUGGUUGUGGUCCAUCCAGAAGUAUUUAAAGAAGAAGAAAAAGAAAUUGUGAAAAUCCUUCAGAAGGUGUUUGGAGAAGAAGCAGCUCGUUACACCGUGGUGUUGUUCACACAUGUAGAUGAUCAGAUGGACUCAAUAGAAGAAAUCAUUACCAAUAAUCCAGCUCUGUAUUACUUAGUCCAUCAGUGUGGAGGAAGAUAUCAUGUUUUAAACAACAGAAGCAGAGAUCCUGCUCAGGUCAGAGAGCUGCUGGAGAAGAUCAACACCAUGGUCCAGAGAAAUGGAGGAAUAUGCUACACCAAUAAGAUGUUUACAAAGGCAGAGAGCGCUAUAAAAAAAGAGAUGGAACGACUAAUAAAGGAAACAAAUAUGACACCCGAAGAAGCAAGAUACAGAGCAGAAAGAAAUAAUACGUUUAUUCAAAACAAAAUGAUUGCUAUUUUUAUAGGAACUGUUCUCGGAGUGGGUGUUGGAGUUGGUACUGGAGUGGGUAUUGAAGCUGCUGUUGGAGCUACAAUUGGACUUGUAGGAGGUCCAGUAGGAGCUGUAGUAGGAGCUGUAAUAGGAACUGCAUUAGGAGCUGGAGUGUAUGUUGCUGCUGAUAAAAUGAAACAGAGGGCUUGUGCUAUGCAGUGAUACUCAGUGAAAGAUUAUCAUUUAGCAGCAGCUCAUUAAAGCCAACAUGAAGAUCAAGGCUGCACAUUUAGUGUGUAUUAAAUGUGUUAUUUUUGAUCAAAUAUAUUUGUAAAUUUUAAAGAAUUGGGGAAUUAAUUAAUAACUAAUUAUCGAUUAGGUGAUUACUAAGAUGUUAUUAAACUCUGUCUAAAACAAACAGCAUGUCAGAUUAUCUAACAUGUGUUUUCAAAGCUGUUUAAGUCAGUAGACUCACUGAGUGUAUUUUUUUUUAAUAAUGUAUCAUGAAUCAAACAUUACUGAUGGAAAAAAAUGUUUUCUCGAGCUUUUAAUCAGAAUCAGAAUACUUUAUUAAUUCCUGAGGAAAUAAUGUAAUAAAAUUAGGAGAUAAAAGGAGGAAAACUCAAUCAACGGAUUCGGAAAAAAGACAUUUACUGAGGUUUUUGUUGAUUAAAGUCUGACAUUAAAGAACAGCAGAGAUAUUUGGUUCAUAUGUUCUGACCUGUUAUUAAAUAUAAAGAUACCAAAUAAGAUGCUGGAAAAAAACUGUAAUAAACACAUGUUAAGUUCACAGCAUUGCUUCAAGGGUUGUGACAGUGUAACUCUUGGAUGUUGGUAAUUACAACAAUUACAAUUACAAUUACAACAAAGAAAGAAGGAUGGGCAGGACAAUAAAAAUGAAUAAAUCAUUUUAGGAUUUUUUUUUUCUAAUAGUCUUAAAAAUAUCAUCUGCAACCAGCUAAUGCUUUGUGUUCUUGUUUUAUUUAUCAAGAAAAUAUGACCAAAGAAUUUGAAAUGACUAAGAUCUAAGCUAAUUUUAACUUUUAUUUUUCUAUCUAUCAAGUAUUUUUGAUUAUAUUAGAUUAGAUCAGCUGCUCUGGCUUCACAUGGAAGCCCUGCUCAAACCCAGGACCUCCACUGACUUUCGCUUUUUUCCUGCAGCUUAAUACUGAACACAGAAGGCCUUUUUUUCUAUUUCUGUGGUUUAUAAUUCUGUUUCAGUUUAAUUAAUCCAUCCAUCUGCAUCCGCUUUAUCCGAGGCCGGGUCGCGGGGGCAGCAGCCUAAGCAGAGAAUCCCAGACGUCCCUCUCCCCAGCCACCUCCACCAGCUUUUCCGGGGGAACACCAAGGCGUUCCCAGGCCAGCUGAGAGAAAUAAUCUCUCCAGUUGUUAGGUUUUUGUAAUGUUGAUUGUCAUUUAUGCUUAUGAAUAUUUAACCAUAUAUGCUGAGAGGUGUAUAAUCGAUUGUGUAGUGAUAGGAUGUGUGAU